UGUUCAUAUCAGUUUCAGGGGUAAUUUCGUCACGUUGGAGCAACUUUGGUUCAAGAAUGUUCCAAACAUCCCAUGAACAGUAACAUAUACAGUCUAUGAGUCAAGUGUUCAAACACGACAUAAAAGCUGAAAACUUAUGGUACAGAGAACAAAAGAUAGUACUAGUGCAUUAUUCCUUUUUUUGAAGGCAUCUUUGCUACAUUUGUUUCUUUUUAAAUAGACCUGCAAAGUUGCUCCUCAAGUCAAGUCGAAGUGAGGGAGGCGAGGGAGGUGAAGGCAUCAUGGGUCAAGAAAAGGGGAGUGGGGUGAAAGGAUGCAUCAAAGCCAGCAAGGGACCAUGGGUAGUUCAUAGAACUACCAGAGAUGGUGGUCUUGUCACGAAGUAUCGCUUCCCUACUGAUGUAGAACGCCAGAAAAAUAAACAAAGGGAGCGAAAUCGAAGAGCAGUAGCUCAAAAGAUUUUUGCUGGACUUCGAGCUCAUGGAAACUACCACCUCCCUAAACAUGCUGACAGCAAUGAUUUACUGAAAGCUCUCUGUGUAGAAGCAGGUUGGCAAGUCGAAGAAGAUGGGACGGUUUACAGGAAGGAUUUCAAUUCGAAAACAUGCAACUCCUCCAUCAAAAUAGGCUUGUGUCAAGAGUAUUCCAAUGGUGAGUAUGAAGAUCAAGAUUAUUGCAAAUGUAAUCAGACAUGAUGUGAAGUUUGCACUUUAAGUUUACUCUCAAACUGCUUUACUUUAUUUAUGCA